CAAAUUCAAAGUUUUCAUUUAUGUUUUUAAAAUGAAUCACAAUAUGGAGUGAUACGAUAUUGAAUAUAAAUUCAAAGGAGGAUAAAGAAGAAAUAUUCAGGAAUUUUAACCAAUUAAGAUGAAUUCAAUGACCUAAGAUUAAAAGAAGGAAUAUGCCAAAGUAAAAAAUGAAUUCAGAAAGAGAUUUGUGAAUUCCGGUUUUAAAACUAGAAAGAGAUGUUAAUAAUAAAGGGAAGGGAUAAAAUCUUAUAUAUAAAAGUCAUUCAGUCUGAAGCAUCCGAAUAUUUUGUUCAAACGAUUAUAUCAAUUUCGACGAGAUGAAAUCGUUAUAUCUUCUUAUAUUGGUGACAUUGUUGCUUGUUAAUUAUAUCCAUACUUUAUCUGUGAUUAUGCAUGGAGAAAAUCGUGCCUCAAUUAUAAAUAACAACAAAAUUGAGAAAGAAAAAAUAAUUCGGGUUAAAAGAUCUUUAGUUAAAUUACCUUUGCUCGCUGGAGCAGCUAUAAUUGGUAAAAAAGCAUUAUUAUUGGGUGGUACCGCCCUUGGAGCUAAGACUCUUAUUGGCGCUGGACUUGUAGGAGCUAAUUUGUAUAAAGCUAAAUAUUAUGGCGGUGGCUAUGGAGGUAAAUAUGCGAACUAUCAAUAUCCACCAUUCUCUUAUGUUGAAUCAAAUUGGGGCUAAUUCGUGAAUAUGCGUGAUGUAAUAUUAAUAAAUAAUAAUAAGGAUAAACAAAAGAAUAAUUCAAAAAAUAAUUUAUUUUUUUAUUUAUUUAUAAAUUUAUUUUGAUACAUGAUAAAUAGAAUCG